AUGCUCAUAAGCCUUUUGCGGUCUGCCUUUCCUGAUGCUAAAUUGCCUAAUUCAUAUGAGGAGGCAAGGUCAUUGGAGCGAGGGUUGGAUUUCAAGUACCACAAAAUACACGCAUGCCCCAACGACUGCAUUUUAUUCUGGAAGGAAUAUGCUAAUCUUAAUGAGUGCCCUAUAUGUAAGGCUUCGCGUUGGAUGCCAAAUACACAUGGGUCACGAGUGAUCCCACAAAAAGUGCUUCGGCAUUUUCCUUUGAAGCCAAGAUUGCAGCGUCUCUUUGUGACAGACAAGAUAGCAUCUGAUAUGAGAUGGCAUAAAGAGCAGCGGGUACCCGAUGAGGGUAGUAUGAGACAUCCUGCUGACUCUCAGUCCUGGCAAACAUUUGAUCAAGCCCAUUGUUGGUUUGCUAGGGAUGCUCGCAAUGUUAGGCUCGGUCUGGCAAGCGACGGCUUCAAUCCCUUCAACAACCUAGCAAAACCGUAUAGCAUUUGGCCAGUGAUUCUUGUCCCGUAUAACUUGCCGCCGUGGUUAUGCAUGAAAGACCAGUUCUUCAUGACAUCGCUCAUUAUCCCUGGCCCAAAAUCACCAGGGAAUGACAUUGAUGUGUAUUUGCAACCGUUAAUUGAUGAGUUCCUUGAACUCUGGGAACAUGGGGUACCUACAUAUGAUGCUUCCACAAAGGAAAUGUUCAUGUUGCAUGCUGCCUUAUUGUGGACAAUUAAUGACUUCCCUGCUUACGGAAAUCUUUCUGGGUGGUCAACAAAAGGGAAAUUGGCAUGUCCUUCUUGCAAUGCAAGCACAGAUUCUAAUUGGUUGAAGUAUGGCAGAAAACAGUGUUAUAUGGGACAUCGACGUCUAUUACCGGCAGGUCACGUGUGGCGGAUAAGAAAAUGGUUGUUCAACGGUAAAGAAGAUCAUCGCAUGCCACCAAAUUGGGUUGAAGGACAUGGUCUCUUAACUCAACUACAAAUGCUUGGAGAUGUCCAAUUUGGAAAAUCUUGUAGGAAGAGAAAACGCACUGCAGAACAGUUGAACUGGACAAAGAAAAGCAUAUUCUUCAAACUACCUUAUUGGUCAAUGUUGCGGCUUCGACAUAAUCUAGAUGUUAUGCAUAUUGAGAAGAACAUUUCCGAUAGCAUAUUGGGCACUUUAAUGGACAUGCCUGGCAAAACAAAAGAUAAUAUAAACUCUCGGCGUGAUCUGGAGAACUUGGGCUUCAGAAAAGAAUUGCAUCUUAAGUCUGAAGGUGGACGUGUUACAAUGCCACGUGCAUUGUACACAUUACAUGGAGAUGAAAGGAAUAAAUUAUGUGAGUGGCUUGCUGGGGUUAAAUUUCCAGAUGGGUUUGCCUCCAAUGUCACGCAUUGUGUAUCUGUGCGUGAUUGCAAAAUCAGUGGCCUCAAAAGCCAUGACCAUCAUGUUUUCUUGCAACGACUGCUUCCUAUUGCUGUUGGGGGGUUCUUAAGGAGUGAUAUUGCAUUGGCGUUGACUGAACUUAGCAGUUUCUUCAAAGAGUUGUGUGCCCGAACCCUGGAUGUGAAUCGCUUAUCCCAGCUUCAACUUGAUAUCGUCACCAUUCUAUGCAAAUUAGAGAUGAUAUUUCCUCCCUCUUUUUUCGAUAUUAUGGUCCACCUAGCUGUCCAUUUACCGGGUGAGGCCAUACUCGGAGAUGUUGAGACGAAGUUUAAUCGAGCAGACCGCAACAUUGAUGGUGGAGAAGAUGAUACUAUAGAUGGUUUCAAAGUUUUCAACCAAAGACUUCGUCCAUUGGGUAUAGCUCGUAAUGUGCAAUUACAAGAUAAACUUCGCACCUCGGCCAUAUGGUAUGUGCUUAACAACUGUAUCGAGAUUGGACCUUAUCUCGAGGAGCACUAUGACAAAUGUAGGGAGUCAAACCCAAAUUCUGUUGAUCGCACGCAUCAAAAUGAGUUUCCAACUUGGUUCAAGCAACGUGUUCAAGACCAACGUACGGGAAACCCACCACAGGUGUCUGCUGAUUUGUAUGCGUUAGCUUGUGGUCCAGACCCUUGGGUUGCAUCAUAUGAUGCCUGCAUUAUAAAUGGUAAACGGUUCCAUACGAAGCAGCUUGAACUUCGCCGACGAUCACAAAAUUCAAGGGUGUUGGUAACUGGUGACGAAGAUACUAAUAACUUAGACUUUUAUGGUGUUCUUAAUGAUGUUGUGGAGUUACACUACAUGGGAGGUCGUCGAGUGUACUUGUUCAGUUGUGAUUGGUUUGAUGUUGGUGAUAAGAAGCGUGGGGUACGAGUAGACGAUCAUAUAACUAGUGUCAACAUGGACAGAACUUGGUAUAAGAACGAACCAUUUGUGUUGGCAUGCCAGGCUUCCCAGUGUUUUUACAUUAGAGAUAUAAGGUCGAAGGGAAACUGGUAUGUUGUGCAGAAGUAUAAUAAUAGGAAUGUGUAUGACAUUCCACCAGUGCCAAGGGUUCCGGAUGAUAUUAAUAAUGAAUCAAGUGAGGAUGAUGUAUAUCAAGAAAAUGAGCCAUCAUUUGAUUAUUCACUUUUACAUUGUGAUGCAUAUCCAGUAUCAACUCCACUUAGUAGGACUGAUAUAGAACCUAUCCACAUUGAUGCACGAGGCCAUAAGGCGGUUGGUGGUGAAUGCAUCAAUUCAACAGACUUUAUUGAUGAUGGAAUGAUUUCAUCUUGUUCCGGAGAUGGUUAUGGUGAUUGGGAAUAUUCGGAUGAAGAUGACCUAUCCACCGAUGAAGAAUCGGAGUCAGAAUAG